UCUAGCCAGACAGGUUUGUUUCAGACUGAGACAAAUCAUACAGACUCAGACCUAUAUCCGCCAGCUCUUUAAUUUAAUUCUAUGAUGAAAAUGAAGGACCAUCAACACCAGGAAAGAAUACGAACCCUAGUUUAUACGUUGUCGUUUGUGAAGAAUCCUUUUGGAAUUAAUCAGAAAGUCUGACCAUGGACCGCUGUUGGGCCCAGGAUGUGUUACGGUGUCAGCUCUGUGAGACCCCGGGCCCCAUUAUGUACUGUGCAAUUUGUCACACACAUUUGUGCAAAGUGUGUGAGGGGGAACAUCUCUCUGAUGAGUCUCAAGAACACAAAGUAGUGCUAUUUAAAAAGUGGGGACUUAAUCCUAAAUGUUCAACACAUUCCAUGCAAUUUUGUGACCUUCAUUGCGAAGAAUGUGACAUUCCAGUUUGCGUUGAGUGUGUUUCCUCUCGUGAACAUCUAGGGCAUAAAAAGGUUGGGAUUUCAAAAAUUGUAGAACACAAGAAAGAAGCUAUACAGAGAGAUAUACAAGAAUUAGAAAAUACAAUUUAUCCUCAAUACCAAGAGAUAGCAUCUAACAUCCAAGUUCAGAGAGCUGAUCUGAAUAAAAACUCCCAAAAACUGACACCAGCUAUAGAAAAACACGGAGAAGAUUUGCACAAAGAAAUAGACAUAGCAAUCGGGAAAUUUAAAUCUAACUUAAAUGAAAUAGAAUCCAAACAGCUGGCUAUUUUAGAUAAGCAGGACGAUGAAAUAAAGCGCAGCAUUUCUGAUAUUGCACAGAUCAUUGCUGAUUUGAAUGAAUUACUGAGCUCUAAUGAUGUAUGCGUUGUCUCUGCUUAUAAAUCCAUGAAUGCUGAAUUCAGAAGAGUACCUCCAAUACCCACAGUUUCCUUACCAAGAUUCAUUCCACGGAUGAUUAACAAAGAUCAAAUUUAUCGACAGUUUGGUUCUCUGUCACCGUUAUCUAUCAAGACAGAAGAACAUGGCUACAUAAUCGAAUCUCCCGGUGCUGAGCCGUUUCCCCUUGACAGGCCGCUUAUUGAUGUCCCACGGAUUAUUACAGAUAUAAGCACAGAACAUGGAAAAUCCAAUGAAUUAGAGAGUGUGUCCUGUCUUAAUGAUUUUGAAGUAUGGGCGUGUGGUUCAGACAACAUGAUGAGCCUCUAUAAUCUUAAGAGAGAACUAGUGAAAUCAGUCCAAACAAAGUCAGGGAAUAAGCCAACCGACAUAGCAGUGACACAGAGUGGUGAACUAGUUUAUACUGACUAUCUUGAUAAAAGUGUGAACAUAGUGAGAAAUACACUCAUAGAAACAAUAAUCAGUCUAAGGGGGUGGAAACCUCUCCAUGUCUGUUGUUCUUCCUCUGGUGACCUCCUGGUUGUCAUGAUCACUGAUGAUAAGAAACAAGCAAAAGUUGUGCGUUAUUCUGGCUACACAGAGAAACAAAGCAUACAAUUCAAUGAGAAAGGACAACCUCUCUAUUCAUCGCAACGUCACACCAAAUAUAUCUGUGAGAACAAGAACUUAGACAUCUGUGUGGCUGACAGUUACAACCGUUCACGUGCAGUAGUGGUGGUCAACCAGGCCGGGAAAUUCAGGUUUAAAUACACCGGUCCUCCGUUACUUACCAAGGAACCAUUUGAACCAGUUGGAAUCACUGCAGAUAGCCAGAGUAGAAUCUUGACAUCAGAUUAUAAGAACAACUGUAUCCACAUCUUAGACCAGGACGGACAGUUCCUCCGCUACAUUUACAACUGUCAUUUACAGCGACCAAUCGGUUUGUGUGUUGACAGCAGAGACAAUCUCUUUGUGGCCGAUGGUUACACUGGCAAAAUUAAAAAAAUCCAAUAUAACUACAUCUAAACAAACUGUGUCUUAAUAUCACUAGAAUACUAUGAACGAUUUAUGUUUAUAAACAUAUUUAAGUACACGUCGACAUUUCCCAUAAAAAUACAGUUAUAAAAUGAAGUUAUUAUACCAUUUUAAUUGAAUUAUUUCAUAUACAGUAAAACUCGGUUAUAGCAAAGUCCAAGGGACCAAUGGAUUUACUUCGUUAUAUCCGUAAUUCGUUAUAUCGGUAUAAUCAAUCCUUAAUAAUAACUAUAAAGAAUUCUCUAUUUUCAUGUAUUCUUUCACCAGACUAUAAUUUUUGCUAAUUGGGCUUAAAUUAAAAGGCAUUACUUUGAUACCUUUAAUAAUUGGAUUGUGAAUUGAAAAACUUAUUAAAAUAAAUUCAUUGAAACUAUAAUGUUAAAUAGUAGUGCAAACAUUUUAUAUUCUAAAGAAAUAUCGUUAUAAAAGUUUUAAACUCCGUUAUUAUUCACCUCUACGGGAUUCAAAAUCAGUUCGCUAUAUCCGUAAAUUCGUUAUAUCCGAAUUUGUUAUAGCCGUAAAAUUUGACAAAGAUUUGUUUAAGCUGGUUGGUCCAUUUUUUUUUUGUUAUUACAGUAUCAAUAUUUUUUCCAUACAAACCAUUUAUCAUAGAAAGUUAUGGACUUUCUUCUAUUUACACGAGCAGAAUCAGUCUCCUUUCAAAGUUAGAAAUAUUCAAAGUAAAUAAAGAUAGUUUCUUUUUGGGCAAACGAAAAAACAAACGAAAGUGCACCACGGGAAUUUUUAGAAAAGAAAACUGUUUGGUUUCGUCCCCCGAAGAUUGGGGUUACUAUUAUUCAACCCGUAUGCUAUGCAUCGACUGUAAAGAAAGCAAACUUCAGAAAUAUCAGCGAACAAAACGUACAUGUACACAUGUUUAUUUGUAAUUUGUCUGAUUAUUUCGACCUUUAUUUAAUACGAUGUCAGAGUCGUAAUAUAACCAUGAUACCCGUCUCGUCGUCAGGGGUGAAAUUUAACAUGAGGCGAAAUAACGCGGUACCCUUUUCAUAAGUCGUUUGUUUGUAAGCAAUUUGUGUACUUAUUUUUCUUCAUUGUAAUUUGGCAUAAUUGACUAGAAAAACUACUGCAAUGUUUAUUAUUAUACAUAUAUUAAGCAUAAUCAUCGUUUAAAAGCGUGCAUAAAAUUCGAUAUAAAGUCGGACCAAGCAGCUUUAGAAAUUUUACCGGGGACUCAAAAAAUCUUGAAUCAGAACGGAAGUUUCUUUGCUAAUUCUAAUAACCCUAAACUAACGUUUAACAGUUUUGUUUUUAUACUGGCUAUACACCAGUAUUAUAAACCAUAUCUUAAAAUAAAAUGACUGUUUAUAUACCGGAAUCACAUGUUUAUCCACUUUUAUUUUGACAUUUUAUAUGUAGAUACAAGAAGUCUUAAACUUCUGAUUUAUACUCUUUUUCCAUAUAUGAAGAUGAAUCGUUAAAGCGUGUGAAAACCAUGAAACCUUAACCAAAU